GAGUUGAACAGAGAGAUUUAAGAAACUGGGAGAAAAAGUCACCUUUUUAUGUUUAUGUUCUAAAAAUACCAAGCGGUCAGAAUAAAUGUUGCUAUCCAGCCUUGAGAUGGGUAUUUGUAAGAUGACGGAGCAGGAUGAUGCAGCUCAUGUGGAGAUUAUAAGCAAAGGGACUGCCGAAAGAGAAAAGAAUGAUACGAUGGAGGAUGAUGACGGCCGGGAGAUGGGUGGUGAAAGAGCUGGUCCUCCUCUUAACCCGAGAGUUGAGCGACCACUAGCCUUCAGCAUCGAUCGGAUACUUGGUCUCCCAGGUUAUACAUUCCAAACCAACAACCCACUUCACCGUAACUAUUCUCCACUUGGUAUCGGUACUACUGCCGGGAAUGUUUCCCAACGGUCGCCGGAGACCGUACCUAGUGCUACCAGCAGCGGCAGGGGGAGCAGGGGCUCGGGAGUGUUGACCCUUUCGACGACGUCUGCGAUGUCCUCAUCCAUGAUUCUGGAAUCAGCGGGAAUAAAUAGCGUUGGUGGAGGACAUAGUUCCGGGGGGACCCUGAUACGAGUUCCUGCUCAUCGUCCGAUCCCUCUGAAUCCGAGAACAUAUUUUCCAUGGAUGGAAACACGGAGAUUUCCUCGAGAUCGACUAUCAGUCGUCCCCCGUCGGAUCGGGCACCCCUACCAGAACCGUACGCCGUCGAAACGCAAGAAGCCGAGGACUUCAUUCACCCGACUCCAAAUCUGCGAGCUGGAGAAGAGAUUCCACCGGCAGAAGUACCUCGCCUCGGCCGAGCGAGCCAGCCUGGCUCUCUCCCUCAAAAUGACGGAUGCUCAGGUGAAGACUUGGUUUCAAAACAGGCGGACGAAAUGGAGGCGACAAACAGCAGAGGAACGUGAGGCUGAACGACAAGCCGCAGCUCGUUUCAUGUUUUCUCUCCAGCAUGAAAUGAUGAUGAAGAACAUGCAGGACCCACCUCCACCAGACCCUCUUUGUGUACAUAACGCUUCUCUAAAUGCCCUUCAGAACUUACAGCCUUGGGCUGCCGAUAUGCACGGUGGAAACAUCGCGAGCAGUUCCACAAACACCUCUCAAACAUCUGCCUCAGCCUCUGGGGCGCCCUCAACCUGUUCAGCCUCAGCCAGCGCAGGAGCGCUGGUGCACUCCCCAACAGCUAGCUCUUCGGGGUCAGUAGAUAGCGCUUCUGCUGGCUAUUCCCAAGAAAGCUCGUCUGAUGAAGAAAGAGGGCCAGGAUUAGCUGGUGCAUCCCUACGACGUGUAUCUUUGAAAAAGAACAAGCGAAGUCGUUCCUGCGAAACAGACCUCUGUACCUCAACUCGAGAUAUCCCAUCCAGCAGCCACAUGGAUGAGAGUGCUGAAGCUCUCUCCGAUACUGGAUCUAAAAUUGAAGACGACUAUGAUGAUAGCACCAUGCUCUACGACACCGACUGA